GAUAGAAAUCUGCCAGCUGUGCAAGAAUUGCACUUGUGGCCGAAUUACUUCAUUUCCCAUAACAUAUUUAGCACAAACAUGCUGCCGAAACUGAAAAUAUCCGCAUUCCUGCUGAAACGCCUGGAGCGAACCAAGCAGCAGUGCAGUGGUUGUUUAUACGGAGUUUUCUACGGAGAGGGAACCCUGCUCCUUCUGAGCUUCAACAUUGAGUCCAGCUUGGGGCAGCUGAACUACGAGCAGAUCCAGCACAGGUUCCCGGCCGAACUGGAUCUCUGCGGGUUGGUCAAGUUCGGGGACUGCACCGAUGGCGAGGCCCACCUUAAUGAGGUCAUCAAGUCGGUGGACAUCACCGACAAUCCCAUUCUGCUGCAGUGCGAGCUGGGCACCUUGGUGGGCCUGCGGGCCUCGUUCUUUGUUCACGGUAAGCUGGAGGACGCGCCCUACGAGGUGAUGGAGGCGGAGCAGCUGUACAACGACUUCUGCUUCACCCGGCUGCAGUGCGGAUUCUUCCUGCAAACGGCUGCCACUCCAGAGUCUGUGGCGCGGGAAAUGCAUGUUCUGCGCAAGCGGGUAGCCGACGGCAAUCUGGUGUUCAAUGUACCGCAGACGAAGAUCUUCAUCAACAGCUGCGGGCCGCUGGACAAACGCUUCACCAGUGAUUCUCAGAUUCAGGACCUUAUAGAUGUCAUUCCCAGUCCCGGACAUGACAAGGAGUCUGCAGGCGGAGACAAAAAGAAGGCGAAGGCCCAAAAUACGCCAGUCAAGAGAUUGGCGCCCACCGGCUGCGACUAUGAGGUGAUUCCCAUCGAUGUGUUGCGAUCGCGCAGUCGUGAUCCUGUGGCCAGGGACUCGCCGCCUCAUCCGGCGCUUAGCAUUGCGGUAACCACUGAGGAGCAGACCCGAGUCCAGGUUCCACUGGAGAUAGAAGCCAUGGCCAUCCUUUGCCGGAAAACCAAGCUUCUGCGGCUGUACGACGUCCUCAUCGAAAGCAUCUGCCGUGCCCUGAGAUUAUUUGAGCUGAGCCUGAUCGAGCACCUCACAGAAUCGGAAAGCGGCAAACUGCUGGUGCCCGCCAGCUAUCACUUCUAUCCCCAGGAGUUCGGGCACUUCGUGAGCUGUGCUUACCUGAGGGACCUGGGCGACGACGAUCCGAACAUGCAGGAGAGGCGCAAGCGACUCCAUCGACAGUUCGCUUUGCCCGUCAGUCGUCCCUAUUUCCGCAGGGCCAAUCAGGUGCGUUUCCUGGGCGAGACUGAGGAUGCCCCGUGGACUCCUCUGCUGAACACACACAUUGGAGUCCGGCCCAGUGGAGUUACCGACGGCAAGGAGUACUUAGUGAACGGAAACUACCAUUACUACCACUACCUUCAGCAGCAGGUGCAGGACAAGGGAUGGGGCUGUGCCUACCGCUCGCUGCAGACGAUCUGCUCCUGGUUCGUGCUGCAGGGUUAUACGAACGCCCCGAUUCCCACGCAUUUGGAAGUGCAGGAAUACCUGCACAAGAUCAACGACAAGCCGGCUGCCUUUGUGGGAUCUUCCCAGUGGAUUGGUUCCACGGAGAUUAGCAUGUGCCUGCAGGGAUUCCUUAACGUAGACUCGAAGAUACUGCACGUGGCCUCUGGAGCCGAGCUGGGCACUGUUGCCUCCGAACUGGCGAUGCACUUUCAGACGCAAGGAACACCGGUGAUGAUUGGCGGCGGAGUGCUGGCCCACACCAUCAUCGGAGUGGACUACUGCGUGCAGACGGGUCAGGUGAAGUUCCUUAUCUUGGAUCCACAUUACACAGGUGCCGAUGAACUGGCCACCAUUCAAAUUAAGGGCUGGUGCGGUUGGAAGGGCAUGGACUUCUGGGCUAAAGGCAGUUACUAUAACCUCUGCAUGCCCCAGCGUCCGAUUUUGUAUUAGAUCCAUUUCCAUAUGCAUUUAGAUAGCCUAGGGUGGGUCGAUUUUAUGUUUUACUAUUGGUCCAAACAUAUUUGCUUUUAAUUUGAAUUACUUGAAUACUUUUGGUGACAAUUGCAUUAAGAAAUAGGUAAUAACUAACCAGUUUUUAUAAAAAUUUCUGUAUUCGGUCUUUAUUUCGCCAAUUGUAAACCAAAUAUGAUAUUACUCCAUGAAAUUGACAUUUUUUUUGGCAAAGAUUAGAUUUGUCUUAACUGUGUCAGUUCUUUGUUUGGCAAUCUUCCAAGUCGACCCACUCUAAAGUACCAUCUAAGGUCAAGCUUUAACGUGGUUUUAUGUGUAAUAAUUUCUUGUAUAUGAUACCUGUGUACUUUAAUUUUAUUUUCUUGUACGUUUCAUGUCGACGCUAUAUCUCCCACUCACUUAUUAAAGGAUAUAUUAAAAUUUUAGCUUAGAAACGAAAUGGA